CGACUCGUCAAGCAGCGCGUAUAGCGGCGCGCGCAAUUUGGUGACAAAGUGGUUCUCAGUGCGUCACUCGUCACUCGCCAACGCUACAAUUCAAACAAACGCUGGCAAAAACGCUUCUCCGUGAACGGUGUUAAUUUGCGCGGGAUAUAACGCUGCGGCGGCGGGUCGUUACUGGAAAGCGAUGGAGCGAUCGGUGACUUUUCUACUGCUGUUGGUGUGCGCGCGAGCCGAGUUUCCGACGAAGGAGUUUGUGGAGCAACUCCGGCCGACAGUGGAGAAAUGUGAAGAGAAGACCGGAGUCGACAAAACAUUAGUAGAACAAUUCAGCAAAGGCGAGAGUAUGGUGGAUGACGACAAAUUAAAGUGUUACAUGAAAUGUAUAUUCGUGGAGUUAGAGUUGCUUAACGAGUCAAACGGAAUAUUCCGAUACGAGAAAAUGUUGAACAUGCUUCCUGAAGACAUGAAGAGUAUAGCGUACAACAUGGGUCAGGCCUGCGUCCACUUCAUAGGCGAUCAGAACACAGACAUGUGCCAAGUCUCCUACGAUCUACACCGAUGUUGGCAGAAGAAGGAUCCUCAGCAUUACUUCCUGUUUUGAUUUUAUUCGAAGAAAUUAAGCUGGUAAGAAAAGAUAGAUAAUAUAAGGAAAAUCAAACAAAAAAAA